AUGAACCUACUGGUUUCUUGGCAGCUGAUGCUUUUCCUCUGUGCCAUCUCCUUCAGGGAAACAUUAGAAAAGGUGGCGCCCGUGGAGAACCCUAGAUCCACAGGCCAGCUGCUCCGCCCGCUGGCGCUCCCGGCCGCCUGGGAGCAGAGCCUGCGCUGCGCGCCCCGGGAGAGCGCGGUGAGGUUCCAGAGGCCAGCUCCGUGCGUGCCUCGCAGCCGCCUGAUCCCCGCGCCGCGGGGCGCGGCGCUGGUGCAGCGGGAGAAGGACCUGUCUGCCUACAACUGGAACUCCUUCGGCCUGCGCUAUGGAAGGCGGAGGGCGGCGCCCUGGGACAUUGGCCAGGGACAAGGAACUUCCAGACCCAGACUGACCGGGGCUCUGGGAACGCAGGGCGGGAGGGCAGGCCAGGCAAUGGAAGGGGACCUGAAGUUUCUGUCCUGA